AUGACGCAAGGACAUACGCCAUACUUCUACAUGAACCCAACUUUUCAUAUCGUCCCAACGUUGACUAUAUAUAACACGUAUUUUGUGCAAAAUCUUAACCCACUUGGUGGUAUAGUCAUUACAGCAUUGGACGUUGGACGGGGUUUCAUUACUGAAUUGGUUCAAGUCAGGAUGUCGCACGAAAAUUAUAAAGCGAAAAUUGGAUAUUUUGGUGCAAGAACUUAA